ACAGCUCAGAGGAGGAACACCAACAUGGCGGUGUGCAUAGCAGUGAUCGCAAAAGAGAACUACCCGCUGUACAUCCGCAGUCUGCCCACUCAAAAUGAGCUGAAGUUUCACUACACCGUGCACACCUCUCUGGAUGUGGUGGAGGAGAAGAUCUCAGCAGCGGGCAAAUCUUUGGGAGACCAGAGAGAGCUGUACCUCGGUCUGCUCUAUCCCACUGAAGACUACAAAGUAUAUGGGUAUGUAACCAACUCCAAGGUGAAGUUUGUCAUCGUUGUGGACUCGUCAAACACAUCAUUACGGGACAAUGAAAUUAGAAGUAUGUUCAGAAAAUUACACAACUCUUUCACCGAUGUAAUGUGCAACCCAUUCCACAAUCCCGGGGACACCAUUCAGUCCAAGGCCUUCGAUGGCAUCGUAUCUGGAAUGAUGGUACAAACUGGCUGACUUUUCUUCCACCCCAUCUUCUGGGCCUCCACUGUACAGAACCCCCCCCUAAUCCUAUUGUUUACACGUUGCCUUGACUAAUGAAAUGUGCAAGUAAUAAAGCUUAAUUGUUGCUGCACAAUGGAUCAUUGUCUUUUAUUUAUUCACUUACAUAGCAAAGAACUUGUAAGUUAUACAUAGGAAGGAUUUAUACAAGACAUUGCAGGCAGCAACACAAUACAUUCGCAUCAGUUUGUAAAAACAGUAAGAGAUGCAACUGCAUAACAAUUUGAGGAUUGCCCCAUGCAUUCACAGCAACAUAAGCUUAUAAUGCAACACCUUUGGCCUUAGUCUUCAUCCUUCACAUCUCUUGAAGCAACUUAGGAAGUCAUCUCUUCUGUCCAUUCUGGCAUCUCACACGAUGCUGAACUCAGAAAUGCCUGGAAACACUUCUUUAAAAUAAUCAGUUCUAUUCGCCCACUUUAUGUAUGCUGUGGGUAGUGCUAGCGCUGUUGAGGGUAGUGCUGUCCACUCGCCCCCGCCCCCAACUCCUCCGACGGUGGGGUGAUGAGAAGAAGACAC